CGGAAAUAGCAUGUCAAGGCGAAACUGCUAGUUACGCUCUGACGUUCCCGCCUGAAUUUAACGGAAGAGUUAUCCUUGUGAACGCUAGCUAUGAUUCAUCAAACGCCGCAUGUGAAUUCAAAGAGACGAAGGAUGUAACCAAGACAACGUAUAGUCUUACAGUGGAUAUUACAGACGAUGACUCUAAACAAGAUCCUUGCAAAAAGUCAAACCUGCAAAUAUUCGAUGAAACAAGCCGGACAUUCCAGGCAAUGAUCCUUGUAUAUUACACAGAGCAUUUGGAGACAAACAUAGACGAGAUUUUCAGAAUGAACUGUACACACAAUACAGAAAAUGGCGAAGUGUCCAUUGAUGUAAAAAACGUUAAUGUUGAUAAGGAUACCUUGGAUAAAAAUGAAGAGGAACAGCAAUAUGGACCUUUUGAAUUAGCCAUUACUGACGAUGAAAGCACUCCUAUUGAUAGCAGUAAGCCUAUCGAUGUUGGGGAUAACGUUUCCUUAGAUCUUUAUCCGCGUGCUAACUCAGGAUAUACCAAAGUGUUUUUUCAUACUUGCAUUGCCAACAAUACCUUGGAAGGCCCAGAUAACAGAACACUGCAGUUUCUUUAUAAAGGAUGUUCAACGUUAGAUGGAAUAGUCGUUUCAGCCAAUCAGGUGUCUAUAUCUAAAGCAGAAGCCGAGGUCACUAAAAAUGGCGUAUCUGUAUCUUUUAACGUCUUCAAAUUUAGUAGCUCAGACAAAAUCGGUGUCAUUUGCCUUGCAAGAGCUUGUAAAGUAGGCGACACAUCCUGUGAUUUGCCAACAAACUGUGCUGAAAUAAUGAAAGAGAAUCCUGCGGUCGAUGAAGGUGUAAAUGGUGACAAUGGUAAUGGAAAUGAAAACAAUAAUGAGAACGGUCAAAGCAGAAAAAAGAGAGCAGCAGAAAAUGAAGAGAACGAAGUAUCAAUAACUAAAGUGUUCACAGUUGGUGGGAGUAAACAGGAUAAAAAGAAUACCACAACUGAAAAUGAAGCUGAAGAGUAUGUUGACCCUGUAGAAGAAUGUUUAGCUAGAAUAGAGAUCACAGCUGUGGUUGCGGUGUUAAGUGCAGUUGUGUGCGUUCUUCUGAUCGUUUGCACCGUUUUAGCAUGUGUCAUUUUACGGAGAAGAGGGAAGCACAUAUCUACAUACGAUCGACCCGUUCUACAACCAACACCAGAUAGAUUUCAGAUUCCGCGCGCACAUGUGAACGAAUCGUAUGAAAUAAUGUAAACAAGUAGUUGCUUGGUUUAUAUUUCAUAGAUAUAAACGCAUGAAUAUUACUGACAAGGUCGGAAUUAUUGCCAAGAAUUAAAAAUUGUUGUUCAAAAUUCUGUAAAUAUUCAUAUCGGUCAAUCUUAAGUUUAUAUUAAAUAAUAUUGUAUUUCUUGCUAGAAAUGUUAGCAGAACUUCUUUUGCUUCUUUGAAUUAUUGAUUUAAUUUUCUUAAUUGUGUGUAGAGCGGUGAUGUUUUAAAUGUGUAUAUCCGAAUAUUUUUUUAUCUAUUUUAACCAUAUGAGCACACUAUUUUGAAAAUAUCUAAAAAAAUUUGCAUUGUU